AUGAUGGAAAAUAUUUCUGUAAUAACAUUGUUUUUUCUUUCAGGUUUAAAUGAAACAAAGAAUCAAAGAUUAAUUAUAUUCUCUAUCACUUUACUGUUUUAUUGUGUAACCUUGCUGGUGAAUAUUUGUCUUAUUGUGACCAUCAUCUUGGAUAAAAAUCUGCACGAGCCAUUGUAUAUUCUGUUGUGUGCAUUUUGCAUGAAUGGACUUUAUGGGACAAUCGGAUUCUUCCCCAAAUUUCUGUGGGAUCUGCUCUCUCCUGUUCAUSUCAUCUCUUAUUCUGGAUGUCUUGUUCAGGCUUUAGUAAUGUACUCUUAYGCCUGCAGUGACCUCUCUUUUCUUGCAGUGAUGGCAUAUGACAGAUAUGUGGCUAUAUGUCGACCACUGCAGUAUCACUCUGUCAUGUCAAAGCAAAGACUCAUAAAGUUAGUGUGUUUCUCCUGGUUCACACCUUUCUGCAUUAUAGGCUCAAAUAUUUGUCUGACAUCCAGACUGAAGUUAUGCAGCCCGUAUAUUGCCAGACUCUUCUGUGUGAAUUGGAUCAUUGUUGCACUUGCUUGUUUCCCAGCUGAAACUAUUAUUAACAACAUCGUUGCUUAUAUUACAAUAUUAAUUUAUGUAUUUCAUGGUGUAUUUAUAGUUUGGUCCUACAUAUAUCUCAUUAGAACAUGUUUUAACUCUAUAGAAAACCAGGCAAAGUUCAUGCAAACGUGUGUGCCACAUUUACUCUCCUUGAUGACUUUUMUUUUUACURUGCUUUUUGAUAUCAUGAGUAUACGAUAUGGUUCAAAGRAAUUACCUCAAUCUCUUGAAAACUUUAUUGCAAUGGAAAUUGUUGUCAUACCUCCCCUUUUGAAUCCUCUCAUUUAUGGUUUCAAGUUGACCAAAAUCCGAAAUAGAUUUCUGAGUCAUAUUACCUUCAGAAUUAAAUGA